GCCCAACCGGACCCGAGUAUAAAGCGUAAAAACCCAAUUGAGAUUUGAGACUCGACAGAACAGCUCCUCCUUGUUUUGUUGGAGCCGUGGAAGAGCUUAAGUUGAAGAGACUCAACUGGUUGUCGUCGUUCUUCGUGGUUCCUAGAAAUCAAAGAUGCAGGCCAGUGACAGGUUUAACAUCAAUUCCCAGCUCGAGCAUCUCCAAGCUAAAUAUGUUGGGACUGGACAUGCUGAUUUAAAUAGAUUUGAGUGGGCUGUGAAUAUUCAGCGCGAUAGCUAUGCCUCUUACGUUGGCCACUACCCCGUGCUGGCAUACUUUGCUAUUGCAGAAAAUGAGUCCAUUGGAAGGGAACGCUACAACUUUAUGCAGAAAAUGCUUUUGCCUUGUGGUCUACCCCCUGAAAGAGAGGAUGAUUGAAGAGAGAUGAUUGGAAUCACUGUUUUCAAAUCUCAAAUUUACAUAUUGAACUCUUGAUCGUUUUAGGGUUGUGGGAUUCGCUAUUUCUGAUAUCUACUCUUUUAUUUGCUUGAAAGACAGUGUAGCAUUACAUAAUUUACAUUUCAGUAUGGUAUUGGACGUGUAACUUAUGUGAUACCUGGAGCUUCAGAGCUUCCAUGGUAAUUUGUUUAUGUUAUAUGAAUUCAUAAUAUCCAUAAUCUAAUGCCAAACAAAUGCAAACUCA